AUGUGCUUUGCAUUGUUCACUAUAUUUUUGUGGCAGGAUACAUUCGUCUACGGCAUGGUUGUGCCCAUUUUACCUUCCCUUCUGAUGGAGAAUGGUAGCAUAAAAAAAGACUCUGUCCAACAAUGGAUAUCGCUACUAUUGGCAAGCUACGGCGGUGCUCUUCUCAUUGGAUCCCCCGUGGUAGGAUAUCUCUGUGACAAGUAUCGCGCGCGGAAAGCACCAUUGAUCUUCGGUUUUAUCGCCAUCGUCCUCGCUACCCUUCUCUUCAUCUUCUCCCGCCAGCCAAUGCUUCUUCUUGUAGCCCGAGUUUGUCAGGGGUUAUCAGGUGCGGUUGUGGGCGUUUUGGGCCUCAGUAUGAUUGCCGAAACAGCCACUCCAGAACACUUGCCAGCAUAUAUGGCUUUUGGAUCAGCUUCAUUAACCUGGGGAAUGUUCUGUGGCCCGAUGGCUGGUGGUGUACUAUUUGCGAAAUUUGGCACGGCUGGUGCCUUUGGAUUCCCAAUUGCGCUCUUGAUUGUAGAUAUCAUUCUACGACUAUUGAUUCUCGAGGAGGACCAAGAUGUGAGCACAGAUGCUGAAAGCUGUUUCGAGUCCGAUUAUCCACAGGAGGCUGCUCCUCUUCUGAAAGGAGAUAUUCCAGGUGGUGAUUCAUUACGUCUUUCCUACUUCAUGAAUACAACAUUUCUGGGCCUCAUGCUUUCAGUUCUCGUGAUUUCCUCCGUUUUAUCGGCAUAUGAAUCAGUAAAUCCAGCCCCUCAGUUUAUUCCUACUCAGCUGACCGAGAUGCAGACACUACCUCUGUAUGUCAUGAAAACAUACCACUGGACUAGCAUUGGUGCGGGAUUCGUAUUCCUCCCCGUCACGAUACCUUCAUUUCUCAGUAUCUCAGUCGUCCAUUAUACGAGACAUUUCAAGCCGCGGAAUAUUGUCCUGACCGGUUUUCUUCUCAUGGUUGUACCUACAAUAGCCCUGCGGUGGACGCAUACCAAUACGAUCAAACAUGAGGUUAUCCUGGUGUGCCUGCUCUUCGUGAUUGGGAUGUGCAUGACGACUGUUCAGGCAAUCACAAUGGGGGACGUCCCUCACGCGGUCCAGAAAAUCACCGACCUUCACGGAAUCAGCGACGAGAGUAGCGGUCAGGGGCGAGCCUACGCAUUUUGCAACAUGGCGUUCGCAGCUGGUCAGGCGGUCGGGCCGGUGCUUGGUGGGCUUGCAAAGCAUAAACUUGGAUGGGGGUUCAUGACAAUGCUCUUAGCAUUUUUGUGUUUGAUUGCUGGCAUCCUGUCUUAUUUUUCCACAUCGGCGACUCCGGCCAAUUCUCAGGCCAAUUCUCAGACCAACGAGGACCCCUAUUGA